CCGCCCACAACUUUUCGACGCAAUAUCUCAAGGAUCCGAAGUGUCAUAUGAUUCACACAUCCACUUAUAAAUACCCCACACAUUAAAGGAAACAACAUUAGCAAGGAGAUCUACACGCAAGUCCAGGAGCAGCAGCUUCAAAUGACGACCCUCUUUCUUUUCUUGUUGCUUGCCUUGCCAUGGUUUGCUCACUCUUUCGCUGACAGGACGGGAGGUGCAACCAGCGAAGACCAACCCGGUGGUGGUGGUGGAGGUGCACAUGAUGGCAGCAGUGGCUCUGGCCAUGGCUCCGGCCCCGGUGGCAGCUGGGACUACGGUUGGGCGUGGGGGUCAAGCCCCAGGGGAGGGUGGGGCUAUGGCUCGGGCUAUAGCCAAACUCCAACCGGCAACGGGAAGGGCUUCGGAUUCGGGUAUGGAACUGGAUCGGGAUCGUCGUCGGGUUAUGGAUUCGGUGCCGGCAGCAGCGGCAGCGAACCGGAGAGAGGAAAUUAUGGGUAUGGGGUUGGGUACGGAGGAUCGGGUGGUGGCGGCUAUGGAGGAUCUCAUGGUGGCUUCGGUGAAGGUGGUGGUGGUGGUGGUGGCUAUGGAGGAUGGCAUGGUGGCUUCGGUGAAGGUGGUGGUGGUGGUGGUGGUGGCUAUGGAGGAUGGCAUGGUGGCUUCGGUGAAGGUGGUGGUGGCUAUGGAGGACGGGGUGAUGGCUUCGGUGCUGGUGGUGGUGGCUAUGGAGGACCGGGUGAUGGCUUCGGUGCAAGUGGUGGUAGAUAUGGAGGACCGGGUGGUGACUUUGAUUCAGGUGGUGGUGGUGGAUGGAGCUUCCGUGGUGGACGGCCGCCGCAGUACUGGGAUUACAACUGCUGUUAAGGAAGUGUAGAAGUAUGUAUCCCAAUCAGAUGAUCUAAUUUAGAUUCACAUAUGCCUCCUCACAGAAAAUUAUAUGAGAACAACUUCAUACACCUUACCACCA